AUGUCUGCGAAACAAGUUCGCAUUGGCGUCUUCAUCCCCUCGGGUGCGCAAGCACUCGAUGUCGCGACCGUCGACGUCCUGGCCGUCAUGUCCAAGGAGUAUCUUGGCAUUCUGCCAAUGCUCCCAGCGCACAUGGCCGAGCUGGCCCCGAGCGUGACCAUCUCGUACAUCACGACGCCAGAGCAGGGCCCGGAGAUCCCCCUCACGGCCCACAUGACCAUAAAGGCAACGCACUCAUACGAGGAGCCGGAGGUGGCGCCCGGCCAGCUCGACAUUGUCAUCAUCCCCGGCCCGGACCCAUUUGAUCCGCUUGAGGAGGGCGGCCUCAAGUGGCUCCGGGCGCAGUUUGAGACACCUGGCGUGGAUAUCUUGAGCGUAUGCACGGGUCUCUACAUCUGUGGUGCGGCGGGGAUUUUGAAGGGCAAGACGGCGAGUGGGCCGAGAGGACUUCAGGAUGAUCUGAUUAAGAAGUUUCCGGGUGUGAAGCUAGUGGGAGAGAAGUACCGUUGGGUCCAAGACGGGAACCUGUGGUCAAGUGGUGGUAUCACUAAUGGCAACGACCUCAUGGCAGCAUACGCAAAGGCCUGUGGGCGGUGGGCCCAGCCAGUGGCCGAGUUAGGACCGGUGCUGACGGAUGUUGGCGACCGCGGACAAAUCUACGGCGAGAGCCCGAACCGAUUUUUGCUCGGCAUUGCGUGGACACUCAUCAGGGGAUGGUUUGCCAGCUUUGGGUCGUCGUCUCCUAAGGACAAAUCAGUCUGA